CUUAAUUUGCAUAUGCAUACCCUCAUAGGAAAUUGACUCACUCCUACUGCCACUCUAGAAAAUGGCCAAGUGUAACCACUUCCUAAAGCGUAGUAUAGCGGGUUUGGGUUUUAAUGUCAACACGGGUCCUAGAUAUGAUGACUACUCAGUAAUUCUUAUUAUCUAGCGGUGAAACUUAAGUGCAGGUUCAAACAAGCAAAAACACAAAGCAAGUUAAACGGUUGUUUCAAGUCGAGAGAGGUCACCCGGAUAUGGUUCCCCCUAGACUGCAGUUAAGCCGGAUUGUAAUUACCAAGUUCAGUUUCUAUGAUAGUCAUACUGCGGAAGGUUCUUAAACAGUCUGAAGUCUCGACUAAAGGUCUCCAGACCCUCUCAAUCUGAGUCUCUAACGGGCGACUAACCUCCACCGGAGUAAACAGAUUGAGGCCCUAACGAACAAAACCUCCUCUAUCGAAGUAACUUCGGUACAGAAUAGUGAAUUGGCUCCUCGACUAAAGUCGCCAAUUAAGGGUGCUCGACAAAACCUCCUCUAUCGAAGUACCUUCAAUUAAGGGUGCUCUAUCAACCUAGGCAGAUAUUCUCUUUCUAGGUUAAAGCAGAAACAACAGGAAUUUGAUCAGGAUUCAUGCCAUUCAAUCAUUCAAACCUCAAUUGAAUAUAAACAAAUCAUAGAAUCUGUAUUUGGGUUAAUACAAUCAGACCUAACAUACAAAUCUAGGGUUCUCCAUACCCAGAUGAAUGGGAGAACUACUCCGCGGAGAAAGAAGCAAAAGCAGAUUCAGAUGCAGAAACCAUACUGUGAAGGAUGGAUUUCUGCUCCUGGUUGUCGAUCAGCACUUCUCCAAGCUCAAGCCGGGCUCCAAUGGUGAUGAAGAUCAAGCUAGGGCACUUGGGAACUCUUGUUCGUCGCUUUCUCUCUCUAGGAAUCGCUUUGUCUCUCUAAAACUCAAAUCCACUUCUCUUUUGGCUGAAAUCUGCCUAAAAGGGCAUCACUGGGCAAAACACGGUCCAGCGCACGGCCGUGCUUUGCUCCAACCCGCCCGUGCCCUUUGCCACGUGUUAAAAACAUGGCCAGAUUUUGGGGAAAACACGGUCGUGCCUAAUGUUGGACACGGCCGUGUUUUGGGUUAGCCCCGCCCGUGUUUUGGGCCAGUGCAGGACAAACGUGGAUGAAGCCUCGGCAGUAAAAACAAGGUCAAGGAACAUGGUCGUGCUUUGAUUUAGGCGCGCCCGUGCUUUGGCUCCAGCUUGACCGAAUGACUUCCGAAUGCCCCGAAACUCGUGCUUAGCCUUUCCUUCGACGUCUGGGACCUGAAAUAUGACAAAGUAGCACAACCCGGCGUAAAAUAGGCCAAAAAUACACGACUAUGCCCUACAAACGGAUAAGAACUAGGGGUGCAAACAUGUGCAAUUACAUCGUUAUCAAAAAUAUGUACAGAAUUGUAAUUUGGGUGGUUCAUCGGUGUUGUUUCCAUAAGAUUGUAUUAUCUGAGGUGGUUGUUCUGGAAUUAUGAAUCGUGAUUGUAUCUCCUUUCUAAAAAAUGUCAAGUUAAGAUAUAAAUGGAGUAACCUGAGAUUCUUCUUUAGUUUAGAUGGUAAGAGAGCAAUGACCCACGUCAAAUUGCUUGGGGGUUGACGAGGCCUAAGAAACGAUCUAAGCUUCUUCAGUGCAGAACAAGAUUUUGAUAGUAUCUCGACCAAAUAAAUUUUUUGUCUUGCUGAUGUUGAUACAAGAUGUUAACGUAGAGGAGAGCCCCAACCAAGUUAGCUCUUGGUGUUGCAAUGCAAAAAUUGGUAUGGUAGAAAAGUUUAUACAAAAUACUAUACUAUGAUCAUCAUAUAGAACGUGUUUGACGAAGUCACCGAGGAGAAAAGAGAAUCUACAUUAGUUGCGCCAAUGAAUGGUUGUUUGGAUUAAUUUGCACUGAUGCAAAAUGUCAUGUAGCUGCCAAGAAGAAGUAGUAAGAGAGGACCAAUCAAUGUGUUUGCUGUCGAGAAAGAUAAAAAUCAUCAUAACGGAGAGGUUACAUAACGAUUGACUUAUAUAGAUUGAAGAGAUAGAAAGUACAGAGAUGUAAGUAAUUUGUGUGUUUAGUGUAGCAGAGUGAUUGAGAGUGAUUUGGCAGGAUUUCACAGUGGUAGGGGUAUCGACAAAAGUUGUUAUAUGGUUGGUGUUUCCAUGCAUAUGUUGCUUUUCUGUUUCUUUUGUUUGUAUAUGAGAUUUCUACAAUAGAUUCAAUGCUUUGUAUUUAUUUUCUUUUUCUGUCAUUUUAAAUAACCAAACUAUUUAUCAGGACAAACUUAAUCGGUGCAUUCCAUCGACUUAAUUUGGGCAUUGCUGGUUUUGGUUUUCUCAGCCGGGGAUUCAUCGCUUUUUGUGUCACUGUGGUUUUUGGUCCAAGGGCAAUCUAGAUUAAAUUUUCUUUAUGAAAUCUCUUGGUGGCUUCCAUUUUCACCAUCAGGAAUUGGAGUCAGGUAAGCAUUCAUUUGGUUUUUUCAUGUUCACUCUAGGGGCAUCAAGGUGCUUGGCAAAUAGUGGCUAGAUUUAGGGCUAAUCACUUGGUUUGGAUUGUCCAUUAUAGUGUUUAUGUUUUACUUUUUUUUUUUUUUUUUGGUAAUGCAAUGGGAUAAUGAUUUUUCAUCAUAUUAUUAUAGUGUUGUUGACCUACUUCCAACCAUCGCCACAGACAUGCUAAUGGGUAAUAUAAGUAAGAAUCAUAGUACCAAUUACCGAAACUACGUUUGGCCGAGGGGACUGGUAAUAAGCACAUAUAUUUAAA